AUGUUGGCGUCCGGAUUGCCGGUUCUGGUUAUUGGAGCGACUCUUGUUACGAUCGGAGCGAUCACGCAAGUGAUUGAGCGAAUCAACGAGCAAAUGAUACCAUUGAAUCGAAUAAUUUUAAUGGCUAUCGGUGGUAUAUGCUUGAUAGCGUCAUCAAUUGUUUUCACGGUAUUCUUUUCGAAUGAGCGCAACGAAAAUGAACGCAACGAUAAUGAGAUUCUGUUGGCAAUCAUGGUAAUGGAUCAGUAG